AAGGCAGCAAUAUAGACAUAGGUGAAACAUGAGUCUGAGAUAAUGCCAGAUAACCCCUCCCCCAGUCAUCUCCCCAACUCCCCAGCCAGUCUCAGUGCAAGGGAGUGGCGGGCAAGGGUAGGAAGUGCCAGUAGUUUCAGAGGAGAGGAAAAGAGGAAGACACGGAAGCGAAGAGAGAGAGAGAGAGGGGUGAGGGAGGUUGAGGAAGACGGACAGUGUUAGACGUCCCUUUUACCAUUUCUGUAGCAGCCAUGGCCAAUACGGUGGAGGAGGAAGGGGAAAUGGAGGUGAAUUCACAGGAGCAACCCGCGGAAAUGCAGGAUGUCGGUACGUCUCCCGAAGUGAUCACACUGCCGGACAACACGCCAUGCCAGGUGGACAAAUGCAUCGACUUUGUGGCCGUCAACCAACAUGGACACCUUCUGAUGGGCAGCAGCAGCCUCACAGGGAGGUACUGGGGCGGCUCCCUCUGGUACUACGAUGACCCAGCCCUGGCACCAGAUGUGGAAAAGUGCAAGGCGGGGUAUGAGACCACCUCUGGGAUGGCUGAUGGCACCUUCCUGGACAAUGAUAAGACAGUCAUUGUUGGGCAGGACUGCGGUGCGGUGCAGUUCAUGUCGGUGUGUGUGGAUGGGGACCAGCGAGGGAUAAAGAGCCAGUGCCAGGUUGAUGAACACCUUGAUGCUGUUCACAGUGUCAAGGUAAUGCCUGGUAGAAAGAACGCACUUACUGGCUCGGCAGAUAUGAGCAUCAGACUGUGGGACUGUGAAACGUGCCUAGUUGUGCGGAUGUUCUUGCCAGCACACUCCCAGAUGGUGAAGGACCUCGCCCCACACCCCACCAACGACCAGGUCUUCCUCUCCUGCAGCAUGGACGGCAAUGUGCUGCUGUGGGAUCUGCGGUGUCAAAAACCAGCUUCCUGUGUUUACCGGGACUGUUCACUGAAGCCUGAGUGUGUUGCGUGGCUGGAGGGGGCCGGUGAGGGGCAGUAUUUGGUGGGCUUACAGAAUGGCAAGGUGGCACAACGUUGUAUAAAAGAUCUCAACUUUGAUCUCACUUCCUUCUACGCCCUCCAACGACCUCUGUACAGAAUAGCUGUCAACCCUAAAAGGUCUACACAGUUUGCAGUGUGUGGCAAUGACAGCAGAGUGGUGGUGGUGGAUGCUACAGAGGGCUCACUAAGACUGAGAUACGAUGACAACCAUCACACAGACUUCGUGCGUGGUCUGGCUUGGCAGGACGCCGACACACUCAUCAGCUGUGGCUGGGACACCUCAGUGUUGGUGCACAAACUGUAGUGUUUCAAUGUGAUGCUCAGUAUUCUUAAGAGAAGAGAUUGUGAUGUGAAUGUUAACAAGUGUAAAGUAAUGUUCAUACGAGUGAUGAAAUGUGAAUGACAGAGUGAAGGUGAUGAUGGACGUGUGGUGGCCAAGUGUUGAGUUGAGGUGCCAAUUUGUGUGACCGGCUGAAGGGAAACAUCGUCAAGGUCAACAGUACAACUCCAUCCAGUGUUAUCAUUUUAUUGGGCUUUUGUAUCCUGCUAGGAAUGAAUCCAUAUUUUCAACAAAACUAUAAAUUACAAAACAUCCAAUAACAUUGUAUUUUACUGUUGCAGCAUUGGACAUUUGCAUUCUCAGGUUUGUCAGAGUGCUCCAGACAGGAGCUGCACCCAGCCUUUGGUUAUCAUUUAGCCAUUUCAAAAAAAUAAACAUUUCAAUCACGUAUGUUUCUUGUUUCCAGAAAAAAAUUAAUAAAAAAAAAUCUUUCCAUGGCAGUUGUUAAUUAUGGCAAAGCAAUUACGAGCAAUUUUUGACAUGUGAAUAUACAACACAAGGAAAAGAAAUAUUGUACAAAAUACUGGAAGAUAUUGCAGAAUGUCUUUUUCCAGAUAAUAAAUUUGCCAACCAAUCACAA